UAUUCAUUUUCAAACUGCGGUCACACGGUUACACGGAGUAUUGCAAUUUUUGAUUCUUUUAUUUAGGAAGGAUUUUAGUGAAAAAUCCUGGCAAUGAACUAUCAAGUCAAGCGUACUAUGCGGCAGAAUUCAGUGUCGGUUGCAGCCACUGAUAUUGGAGGAGUCGCAUCACCCAUUAUGGCUACCACAUCAUCGGCGCCCAGCACACCGCAAUUGCAAAAUUUGGAAGACAACAAACCUCCAGUGAACGUUCAUCGUCAGGUAAUUCUGGUGCAGAGCGGCAAUGUGUCCCAGACGCAGAAUCAGGUGCAACUCCAAGCUGCCACAACUGCAGGAAACCAAAAUACACAAAUAAUGGCCGCCAUUCAAAUGGUAGACGAUGCGCCUGUUUCAUUACUCACUGAAAUUGCUGACAUAAUGCGUAGCUUUGGUGACAGUGAUCAGCCACGAACGACAAGUGUUAAACUGGUGGAACAAAUACUGCAGCAGCAGCUACGUGGCAUCUUCAAUGAAGCCUCACUGGUUGCCAUGCGACGCAAACAGAAUCCAUGUCCUUCGCAGGCAGAUUUUGAGUUCCUAAUGCGAAAUCAUCCCGUGAAAAUAGCACGAAUGCGGAAGCACUUAAAGGAUAUGCGCAUUUUGAAACGAUUUCUUAGCAUACGCACUGGUCGACCCCAGGACUUUAUGGACGAUCUUGAGCAGCAGGAAGAGGAUGAAGAACUGGCUAUUGAAGUUCAUGAAUUGCACGACGAGGAUCGCAUGCGUCGCUUGUUUCGUGCCGAUCGCAUAUCUCAAAUACUCACAGGACAGCAGUACCUAGAGUUUAACGAGGCGCGAAAGACAUCUUUUUACUGCCGACAUGGCGAGAAAAUUAAAAACAAAUUCAGACGAUUUCUAGACUUACCUGCCGAUCUCCGCAUUCCGACGCCCACAAUGAAUAUUUUGGCGUACCUAGCGCACGAAACAAUUGCGGCCAUUGUCGACUACUCGAUACUAACGCGCCUGAAUUCAGAAAAUCGCGCCACCGAACCGUAUAGUCGCGUCACCUCAGCUGGGGGAAGUCCUGCAAUGAUGCAUGUCUGUCCAGAGGUGACACAAGGCCGCGGCAUGGAAGUUGUCAAGCCCAUUAGUGUUCAAGAAAUACACGAAGCAAUGCGACGUUUUCGUCAAAUGAGCAAUCGUAAAAUAGGUCGAUAUCGUAACUCCUGCGACAUUGACUUUAGGCGUAGUUUUCUUGCCAUCUAGAUUCGUCAAAAUUGGGAAAGAUGUUCCUCAAGAUUGAAAAAGGGAACUAGAUUGAAGUAUAAGCGAAAAAUCUAUGUAGCUGGGGCACAAUAAGAUAUGUCGGUCUUUUCUGAGUAUAUUAAUUAAAUUAAGUUUAGAAAAAUAUGUAUCUACAUAUAUACAUAUAUAAACAUUAAUGUAAUGUAAAUUACUAAUCACAUUAGUAAAAAAAAUUGGUAACGACGCACAAAAAGCUUUUCAAUAGAUUUUGGCCUGUAAGACUUUAUAAAUUUAUUCAUUAUUUUUAAUAAUAAAAGCUCGAACAUUAAAUUAUUUAC